AUGGAGAGCCUACUCGUCAAGCAAGCCAAUUUCUCGCCAGAUGCCACAGCCGUGAUCGAUAAUGAACGUGCUGUCGGUUACCGAGAACUCAUACUGAGGGCUGAUGCCCUGGUUGAAAUUCUGGAGAAACUCCCUCUUGAGCCGCAGGAGCCCGUUUGUAUCCUGGUAGACGCAGGAUUGGCCGAAAUUGUUGCGCAGAUUGCCGUCCUACGUGCAGGAGGAACUUGUGUUCCUAUUGAUCCCUCUGUGCCUGCAGAUCGAUUUAGAGGGAUGGUAGAUGACCUUGCCAUUAAGCAUGUCAUUGCCAGUAACACCUUGUCCGAUAAAUUUCCCAAUUUGAAUGUGAUUUCGAUUGGUGAAGCAUUGACUAAGCGGAUCGAAGUAGCUGAAGGUCACGAACUCAACGUCCGUGCAGGUCAUCCAGACAGCUACAGAAGCCAUAUCGUUUUUACCUCGGGCUCGACUGGCCGGCCGAAGCCUAUUCAGAUAUUAGGCAAAAGCAUCCUGCAUGCACUGGAACAUAUGCCAUGCGGGAGGCUGCGUCCAUCUGAUCGGGUAUCUUGCCUCCUUAACCCUGCAUUUGAUUUGGCUCUCCUUGAACUGUGGAAACCUCUGCUCGAAGGGGCAGCAGUCGUCAACGUGCCAGAUCUCACGCGGACAGACCCAUUUGCGCUGCAAGAGUUUGUGAAGGAGCAAAGAAUUACUUUCAUGGUAGUGCCUACGGCCUUAUUCGAGAUGGUUUCGCUGAGCUCCCCGGAGGCCUUCCGUGGAACUCGUCAUCUCAUUGUUGGAGGCGAUGCGGUGAGUAGCAACGCAGUGCACAAGGUGUUGGACCAUUCUCAACCAGAAAAUCUAUGGAAUGGAUAUGGUCCUGCCGAGGCAACAAUAUUGGUCACUAUGGGGCGAGUGGAUUACGAAGAGGCCCAACAGUCACGCAUCAGUAUCGGCCGCACUUUUGGUGAGACAACAAUCUAUCUCCUUGACCAUGACUUGAAUUGUGUCUCUGCACCGGGGAGAACCGGAGAGAUCUGCAUCGCGGGCCCCCAGAUUUCACCAGGUUAUCUGAACCGGACGGACGAAAAUGAGAAGAGUUUCAUUUUCAUUAAUGCGGAGAAGUUGGGUGCUCCUUCCAACUCCCCUACGCGUCUGUAUCGCACUGGAGAUUUAGCUCAGUGGCGUGACCAAGUUUCGGGUGUCUUGGACUACAUUGGCCGGGAGGAUAACCAGGUCAAAAUCUUGGGAUAUCGAGUCGAGCUUGGAGACGUCGCAUCCGCGAUUGAGUCACACCCGGAAGUUUUCUCGUGUGAAGUCACAUACCAUCGACAAGAUGAAGCGGGGUUUCUGGAAGCGUACGUCGUACCCGCCGACUGGGAACAGCAGGUCAACUCGAACACAUUGCUGGAUUGGGCGAAGCAAAAACUUCCUUCAUAUAUGGUUCCAAGCAAAGUCUACAAAAAGCGAGCAUUCCCCCUUUCUGAAAAUGGAAAGGUUAACCGCAAGGCCCUCCGACCCGGUGACGACAAUAAUGAGAUGAACGAAGAAGAGACAUCUGGUCAGGAGACUGGCCACUCUGAAAAGCCGAACGGACACGGCGGUCUUAAGGAUGAUUUGCACGAGUGGCUCCACACAGUCAUUCAGGACAUGCUUUCCGCCUCAAUGCUUGAUUCCUCAGAGAGCUUUUUUGAUCAAGGAUUGAGCUCCUUGCAGACUGCCAGACUCAUCGGACGUAUUUGGCAUGAGCAUGGGCGAAAGGUCACGCUACAAGGGAUUCACAAAAAUCCCACAGUCAAGAGGCUGGCAGCUUUCCUGAAUGGCUCGACCAGCGAAGGCUCCCCCGAGGUCUCUGAGCUUGAGCAAUGGGAAAAAGAUGCAAAAGAUCUUUGUUAUCCACUACCUUUGCCAGACUGGCAGGCUUCACACGAGGGCCGCAUCUUUAUGACUGGGGCUACCGGAUUCCUGGGCGCGCACAUUUUACAGCGAAUCUUGACAAUGCCGACAGUGAAGCAGGUUGCUUGCUUGGCCCGCAGCCAAGCUGGGCUUGGUGCCAGCGCUCGAAUUCAACAGACGCUGGAGAAGUACAAUUUAUGGGAUGGACGACUCGAAAUCACACAGAAGAUCAUGGUCCUUGAAGGUGACCUUUGCGACUCCAAGCUAGGACUUGGGGAGGAGAAGUACAUAUGGCUCACUAAUUGGGCAAGUGCCAUAUUCCACGUUGGCGCACGAGUCAAUUGGUGCGAUCCUUACGAGGCACACUAUAAUCCCAACGUGGUAGGGACGCGGAAUAUCAUCCAGGCUGCGACCAUAGGUCGCCGAAAAGCAUUGCAUUACGUCUCCUCAAUUGACGUCUGGAGUGUCAGCGGAUUCAUCAAUAAUAUUGAUCGUGUUUACGAGGAUGAACCGCUCAUGCCCCAUUUAAAUGCGCUCCCUUACGACACUGGCUACUCCGCGAGUCAGUUUGUCGCAGAAGAGCUGGUUCAACGGGCGCGCGCAUAUGGAAUCCCUACCGUGAUUUAUAGGCCUGGUUUUAUUAUCGGUCAUAGCCAGAUUGGGAUUUCCAAUGCAAAUGACUACUUUUCCAGGCUGAUUAUGGGGUGCAUUCAAAGUGGCUAUUUUCCAGACCUCGAGACACAGUAUCUUGAGUACGUUACUGUUGACUACGUCGCCUCGGCAGUCUUGUCUAUUGCGUCCAACAUGGAUCACCUCGGUCGAUCAUAUCAUAUUGUUCCUCCAGAUCGAUCCAAGUCCGUCAAUUAUAACCAGAUUCACCAGAUGCUCCGAGAGCUCGGUUACUCCGUCGAGAAGAUCGAGUACGGGAGGUGGGUGGAGAAAAUCCGUCAAUCGCCGGGCAAUGCGCUGGAGGCCAUGAUGCCGUUGCUCGAAGAGCCUGUUUUUGAGGGCCUGACCCGGUUGCAAACCAGCAAGAACACGCCUAUUUACGAUCCAAGUAAUACAAAGACCGCUUUAAAAUCCCGACCUGAUAUUGCUUACGUGGCUCUGAAUUCAGGAUUACUCCGGCAAUUCAUACAGAACUGGGUCAAUCGGGGCGAGUUUGCUCUUCAAGAUGAUCUCAGCUAA